CUUGCAGUACAGAAUUAAACUUUUAAUGGGAUUUCGCAUUGAGAGAAACAAGUUUGUUUAUGGGACUACACAAAAUAUAAGCAAGUCACGAGUAAAUGUACUUAAUAAGCCAGUUCUAUUUGUGUUGGAGAUAAAACUUCGCAUUGGUUACUUGGUACGCAAUACAGACGUAAGUGAAACACAUUCAAAAGACCGUUUAAUGCUGUCACCGCUAACAUGUUUCCACCGCUAAAGCGACCCCCGUAAUAUAAGCUAUCGAGUACACAACAGGCCACAACCGUCGACUUACAGACAGACUUGUAUAGCUACUCAAGUAAGAUUCACAUGGAAGGAAAAUAAAAAUUACAAAUGUCGUGGUUACCUUUAAUCAAAUGCAAAGCUAUCAUUAAGUCGACGCUUCGGCAAACUCGCUCGUCGUGCGCAUCGUCACUGUUAAUUAUCACAAUAUAUAUGUAUAAAAUAAAAUAAAAGAGACCGCUUCGUACCAAUACUAACAUAAAAAAUACGAGAAAAGAAAGAGAAGCUUUAAAAAAGAAAGGAGUGCAUCUACCCCCACCUCCGGUGGCCCCCACCGCGUCGGGCCGCCCCUGUGGCGGGCGCCACCCACCGCACCGCAAAAAUCGAGAGCGUCGACGGCGCGCGGGGUCAAACGGCGACGCGAGCGUGAAAAGAAGGAGCGGUGUGCGAGCAUCACGCACACAACGGCGAGUGUGCGUGUGCGCGCCGAGAGGGACGGCCGACGAGAGAGCGGGACAGCGGCGCCAAUUACUAUCACCUGGCGGGCAGCUACCGCAUUACCCACUGCCGCCGCGCGCGCGACCACGCGCCCGCUGCACCACGCGGCUCGCUCCGCUCCUGUGACGCUCCGCUCUAUCCCGACUCUACACCGCAAUCGAUAUUCGCGGACUCGCGGCUACCCACUGUGCACCGUCGCGAGUGCAUCCCGUGCUACGCUCGCUGGUUCUCGCUCGUCUCGGGGAUGCACCGCAGCUACAUCGACUCGCGUCCUGAAUAGUGCCAACGCGCGCUAAACAUGCAACUGUGAAGUGUGUGCGGACAGUGACACAGACAUUAAACUAAUCGUGAUCGUUUACAAGUUUUCUGGCGACUUACACAGAACGAGAUGACUUCCCAGUUCGCCUUCAGAGGAUCUCCCCCCAAUCAGAGCACCAUCUCGACAGCCUCCAACAGUCCGCCGCCGGCGCAGGCGGGAAUGAGCGCGGGCGCGGGCGGCGCGAGUGCCGCGGCCCGGCCCAGCUCACCUGCCGCCGCAGCCCCGCGCUGCUGCGACACGGGCCGCCCUAUAUUCCAGGAUCCUAUCACCGGACAAACAGUCUGCUCGUGUCAAUACGAGUUUCUCAACUACCAGAGGCUCGCUUCCGGCGUGCCCCUGUCUAUGUACAGUGCCCCUUACUCUGACGCAGCGGCCGCUACAGCUGCCGGUAUGGCGGCGUAUUUUCCUGCUUUAGCAGCUGAUCAACCACCCUUUUAUACAAAUGCUGCUGCAGGAAUCGAGCUGAAAGAAAACCUUGCCGCAAGUGCAGCUACCUGGCCAUACCCGACGGUGUACCACCCCUAUGAUGCAGCCUUCGCCGGAUACCCCUUCAACGGGUGA